CCGGCCUGUAGUUCCGGGGUCUUGCAGGAGCGCUCUUUGGGAACAUGCUGUGUGUGAGAUAGUUACAGCCGAGGGAAAGAAGGUUCCCAGCAUGAUUCAGAUAGGAUUUCAUUGUGAUUGACAAUGAGCAUCAACUCUUCUGGAGAAAAUGUUGUGGAAACGGAGUCUCGCACAGAAAAUGGAGCUACCAUUGUAGCGGAGUCUAUUGCCAUAAUUAUUAUUGACAUUCUCAUCUGCCUUGGUAACCUCGUCAUUGUCAUCACCCUAUACAAGAAGUCCUACUUACUGUCUCUCAGCAAUAAGUUUGUGUUGAGCCUGACCCUUUCCAAUCUCCUGCUGUCUAUGCUGGUCCUUCCAUUUGUGGUUGUCAGCUCUAUUCUGAGAGAAUGGAUCUUCGGGGUGGUGUGGUGCAAUUUUUCUGCGCUCCUCUACAUGCUGAUAAGCUCUGCCAGUAUGCUGACAUUGGGAAUUAUAGCAAUUGACAGGUAUUAUGCAGUUCUUUAUCCAAUGGUAUAUCCUAUGAAGAUAACUGGAAACCGGGCAGUAUUGGCUAUAGCGUAUGUGUGGCUGCAUUCCCUCAUUGGAUGCCUUCCACCUCUUUUUGGUUGGUCGUCGCUAGAGUUUGAUCACUUUAAAUGGAUGUGCGUAGCCGCAUGGCACAAGGAAGCUGGGUACACCGCCUUCUGGCAGAUAUGGUGUGCUUUGCUACCCUUUAUCACUAUGAUGAUUUGCUAUGGGUUCAUCUUUCGAGUGGCUCGCAUAAAAGCACGAAAGAUACACUGUGGAACUGUUAUCGUUGUACAGGAUACUUCCCAAAAGAACGGGAGGAAGAAUUCCAGUACUUCGACAUCGUCUUCGGGAAGCAGGAGGAAUGGAUUUUCCAGUGUUGUCUAUUCUGCUAACCAAUGCAAAGCCUUCAUAACUAUACUGGUUGUUAUUGGGGCCUUUGUGCUUACCUGGGGGCCUUACAUGAUUGUUAUUAGCACUGAGGCCUUAUGGGGGAAAAACAGUGUUUCUCCUGUGAUAGAGACUAUGGCUACAUGGCUAUCCUUCACAAGUGCAAUUUGCCACCCUCUUAUUUAUGGACUUUGGAACAAAACGGUACGUAAGGAGCUUCUCAGCAUGUGUUUUGGCAACCGGUACAGAGAUCCCUUCCAUCAGCAGCACAGAACAUCACGGAUGUUCAGCAUUUCUAAUAGGAUAACAGAUCUUGGAUUAUCCCCACAUCUGACUGCCCUGAUAGCAAGUGGGAAGGAUUCAGAGAACCAAAGCACUACAACAAACACUGGUUUCAGCUACUCCAACGAUUCAGGUACUGAUGUCAUGCUACUUGACGACGGCAGCUCUGACAGUGCCCAGCACACUCGCAUCCUCUAUUCUAGACGGAAAAGUUCUGUUACUUUUGAAGAUGAAGUAGAACAAAAAAAUGAUGCUAAAAAGGCCCCAGCUGAGGAAACCCCAUCUACAGUAUCCUUAGAAUCCUUUGCCUGCAGUUUGGCCAAAACAAUUGAGAUGGAUGCAAAAAUCUGCUUGUUUGGAGAAGAUGUGUUGCAUACCCUCUCCAAUGUACAGCCCCUGCCUGGGAAUUCUGGGAUGAACCGAGGCAGCAGAAGUCAUGCCAUCCAGAAGCAAAGGCUUGUACUGCAAAGUAUCGAGGAAGGAACCACAUGACCUACUCAAUAAUACAUGCGCAGUGAUCAUAAGGAGGCCUUGACCGAGAAAGUAUUCAUAAAGCAUGUAUUUUAGGCAAAGGGAAAUCCAUUACUGGUGCCAUCUCCUUUUCUCCGCCACUUUCAUAUAUUAGAGAGCAGAAUGACCUCUCUAGCGCUGUAUAGUAAAAUUUGCUCUUUGCCUACACUAAGUGUUAAAGAGGCUUUGUCAGCAUGAUCAACCCUAUUAAACCAGACAUAGUGCCUGGUAGGGCUCAUCAUGCUGAUUAAAACAAUACCCUUCUUUUGUCUGUAUGCUAAACAGCUGCAGAAA